UGCUCUCAUCCUCCAAACAAUUGAUGAAUGUUUUUCCGGAAUAUUUCCAGAAGUCGAGAAGAUAUUGAUACUCCUCGAGAAAAUAUUUGCACCUGGCGUUGCCGGCCAGUGUGAAAUGUUUACAAUAAUCUUUCUAUGUUUUGUUGUUUGGAUGCUAGUCAGAAUGGAUAAUGCAUUAACCAGCACAGACAAGAAAAAGAGGAACAAAGCGACAAGACAGCUGGUUCCAAGCACUGAACGUAAGGUAUCUGGAUGCAAUUGGGAAACAUACAAAAAUUUGUUUUCUAAGACGAAGACAGAAGAAAGCACUGGAGAUAAAACUGUUUCACAGAAUCACAGACGUCCAAAGUUUAAAAAAAUAUACACUACACCAGUUCGUAUGGAUUUACAGGAGCAAACCAGCAAGCAAAAUGUCGUGAAAAAUAAAGAGAACAAGACUUUGACGAAGCAGCUCGCCAUGGACUGCGAAAUGGUUGGAAUCGGUGAUGGUACCGAGAGUAUAAUAGCUCGAGUGUCAAUUGUAAAUAAAUAUGGCGAUUGCAUAUAUGACAAGUACGUUAAACCAAGAGAAAAGGUUGUGGAUUAUCGAACGGCGAUCAGUGGCGUUCGACCAGAGCAUUUGCAAGAUGGAGAAAGCUUUAAUAUUGUGCAGAAGGAAGUAGCAGAUAUAUUAAAGGGUCGUAUUUUAGUAGGCCAUGCAUUAAAGCACGAUCUCAAUGUACUGUAUCUGUCACAUCCUAGAAGGUAUUGGCGUGAUACUUCGAGAUACAAACCUUUCCGUCAAGUAUCGAAAGGAAACACUCCCAGUCUAAAAAAGCUCGCGUACGAAUUAUUAGGUAGAGAGAUACAAGUAGGCGAACACAGUUCUGUGGAAGACGCGAGGGCAGCGAUGCAAUUGUACAUGUUGUAUAAAAAUAAAUGGGAGUCGGAAAGAAAACAUUGACACGCAGAUCUUUAUAAACAAUAUGGUAUAUUCAGAAAAAAGGCAUAGCAGUUAUAAAGGUGAC